UCGAAAACGAUCAUUCUUGUGUGAGACAUGAUGGUGUCGCAAACAAUGCCGUUUAGCAAGAUCGCCAUGAUCGUCUGGGCAACUUGUGCGGUGGUAUCGUUGGCCUCCGAACAGUCGGUACACGAUAAAAGCCUCACCGUGGAAGAUAUGGAUGUGAUAGCACAUGGCAUGCGACAGAAUUGCCUCUCGCGCCACAACAUAACUGAAGAAAUGGCCAACAAUCCACGUCGAGGUGUGUUCCCCGAGGACAGUAAGUUCAAGUGCUAUAUCGCCUGUCUGAUGGACCUCACGCAAACGUCGAAACGAGGAAAGCUCAAUUACGAUGCGGCCGUCCGGCAGAUUAAUAUGCUACCCAGUGAGUACAGGGAACCGUUCCGGGUCGGACUGGAAGCCUGCCGAAAUGCGGCCGAUAACGUCAACGACAGGUGUGAGGUAGCCUAUCUGCUGCUAAAGUGUUUCUUCGCAGCCAGCCCGAAAUUCUUUUUCCCCUGAACUUUGGUGAUUGAGCUACUAUAGGAUAUUUUUGAAUAUAUGUAUUC